UACCGGAAAUGACUUUUUGGCACCACACUGGCCUCCUGCGACUGUGCGCUCUGCACGCUACGUCAUGACGUUGUGGAUGAUCGGCAACAUGGCGGCGCACAGUGUUCCUUCGACGUUAAAGAGGCUUCUGUUCGCUGUAAAGUAUUCCCCUCUCCAGUCCAGAUGCUGUGCUGUGCAGAGAGAGGCUCAGUAUUCCACCAUAUCUAUUCCCAGUGAAAAGACCUUUGAUAAGAUCCUCAUUGCAAACAGAGGAGAGAUUGCUUGCAGGGUGAUCAAGACAUGCAAGAAGAUGGGCAUCCAGACUGUGGCUGUUCACAGUGAUGUAGACUCCAGCGCUGUUCAUGUAAAGAUGGCUGAUGAGGCGGUCUGUGUUGGCUCCGCCCCCACCAGUAAAAGCUACUUGAACAUGGAUGCCAUCAUGGAUGCCAUCAGAGUGACUGGAGCACAAGCUGUUCAUCCUGGUUAUGGGUUUCUGUCUGAAAAUAAAGAGUUUGCAAAACGACUGGCAGCAGAAGGUGUAGCAUUCAUUGGCCCAGACACCCAUGCUAUCCAGGCAAUGGGGGAUAAAAUUGAAAGCAAGCUAAUUGCAAAGGCUGCCAAAGUCAACACUAUCCCAGGAUUCGAUGGCGUUGUCAAGACUGCAGAGGAAGCUGUGAAGAUUGCACAGGAGAUUGGUUUACAAUAUCUGAAGAGAUGGAACAGAAGAAAUCAUAAAGCAGAACUCACAGUGUGUGAAUAUAAAGGAUCUGAGUCUGUUUUACUCCUCAGUCGUAAAAGGCUGCUGGGGUUUUGCUGUUACUGUGGUGGGUGGACCACAUGGACACCACAGUUUGUGAAUGCGAUAACUCAAAAACGAGGUUACCCUGUGAUGAUCAAAGCUUCUGCAGGUGGAGGAGGGAAAGGAAUGAGGAUUGCCUGGAACGAUGAGGAGACGAGGGAAGGUUUCCGGUUCUCAUCGCAGGAGGCAGCAUCCAGCUUUGGAGAUGACAGGCUGCUCAUUGAGAAAUACAUAGACAACCCCAGACAUAUAGAGAUUCAGGUAUUGGCUGAUAAACAUGGAAAUGCUCUGUGGCUCAAUGAGAGGGAGUGCUCCAUCCAGAGGAGGAACCAGAAGGUAGUGGAAGAGGCGCCCAGUACUUUCCUGGACCCAGUCACACGACGGGCAAUGGGUGAACAAGCAGUCCAGCUAGCCAAAGCUGUGCAGUACUCCUCUGCUGGGACUGUGGAGUUUCUAGUGGAUUCUAAGAAGAACUUCUAUUUCCUGGAGAUGAACACACGACUACAGGUGGAGCAUCCAAUUACAGAGUGUAUAACUGGCUUGGAUCUGGUGGAGCAGAUGAUCAGGGUUGCCAAGGGUUACCAACUCCAGCACACGCAGGACGAUAUCCCAAUAAAUGGCUGGGCCAUUGAGUGCCGGGUCUAUGCAGAGGAUCCUUACAAGUCUUUCGGUCUUCCUUCCAUUGGACGGCUGUCUCAAUACCAGGAGCCACUCGACCUUGACAAAGUCCGUGUAGACAGCGGCAUUCAAGAGGGAAGUGACAUCAGCAUCUACUAUGAUCCCAUGAUCUCUAAGCUGAUUACCUACGGAGCUACACGAGCUGAAGCUCUUGGUAGGAUGGAGGACGCUCUGGAUAACUAUGUGAUCAGAGGUGUGACCCACAACAUUCCUCUCCUGCGAGAAAUCAUCACUCAUCCUCGCUUUGUCUCUGGUCACAUCAGCACCAACUUCCUCCCAGAGGUUUACCCUGAUGGCUUUAAGGGCCAUCAGCUAGAGGCAGAUGCAAAAAGGGAGCUGUUGGCAUCAGCAGCAGUGCUCUACAUCGCUGCUGAGCUCCGUUCAGCAAAGGUCCUUGGUACCCAGAGGGUGGCCUCCACUCCUGUGGAAUGCAGCCACUGGGAGCUGUGUGUGGAACUGGGCGAGGAACGCCAGGAUGUGGAAAUCAGCAAAUCAGGAACUGUUUAUACUGUGGAGAUGGAUGGAGCGAAGGUGGAAGUUUGGGGAGCUUUGAAUCUGGCCUCCCCAUUGCUGCCACUCACAAUCAAUGGCACACAGAGAAUGCUACAGUGCCUUUCCAGAGAUGCUGCUGGAGUGAUUGUCCUACAGUACCUGGGCACAUUGUUUAAGGUUCGAGUUCUGUCCAAGCUGGCUGCAGAGUUGAACUCCUACAUGCCAGAAAAAGUUUCAGAGGACACGAGCAGCAUCCUGCGUUCGCCGAUGCCGGGAACAGUUGUGGCUGUAUCUGUCAAACCUGGAGAUACGGUUGCAGAAGGUCAGGAGAUUUGUGUAAUUGAAGCCAUGAAGAUGCAGAACAGUUUGACUGCUGUCAAGCAAGCAAAGGUUAAGAGUGUCCACUGUAAGCCAGGGGAGACUGUGGGGGAAGGAGACCUGCUUGUGGAGCUGGAAUAAAACAUGAUCCGUUCCCUUUGACAUGUGACUUGUGUGAACUGGGACAGAUGGAGUUGAACUGUGUCACAAUGUUGGUGUGGGUGCUCACACAGUUGUCACGUGUGUCUUUGAUUCAGCUGACUGUUCCAAUCACUCUGUUGUAUUUAGGUUUUACUACUUAAUAGAUAUUGUUGUUGGUAGGCCAAACAUUGAAAUUUGGAUGAACUGACUGACAAAAAUAAACUUUUCCAAAUAAAAUUA